AUGGUUUUACACAAUGAUAAAUGGAAAUAUAAGGCCCGAAGGGACUAUAUGCGCAAACAUGGACUCAAAACUUUGGGGAAGGAUCGAGACAAGAAGAAAAAGGCUCUUGAAGAGGCCCAAAACGAAGUGACGUCUAAUGAAACGAGUGACCAUGGCUUAAAUUCAGGUAAAAAGAACGAAAACCAAGAAAAAUCUAAGGAGGAAGACUCUGGGGAAAGUUCAGAUGCAGAAGACGAUGAAGUUAUAGACGAGGAAGGGGAAUUUAGACAUAGAAAAAAGCUGGAAUCGAAUUCUUGGAGGUUUGAAGGUGAUUUAAAGGACAGUGAAGAGGUAGAAAAGGAUCCGGAAUUGAUUGAACAAGAGAGAAUGAGACUGCAAGAGGAGCAGAAAUACUUUGAACAGCAGAAAGUCGUCGUAAGAGAGCAUUUAAAGAACAGUCAAAAUCAGGGCGGUGUAGGUGUUGAUGCUUACGUAAUCAAUAAGAUGAAGAAGAAGAAGAAGAUAGAUAAGGAUGAAAGUGAGAGUGGAUUAAAUGCUGAGGAGUUACUCAAAUGGGAGGUGAGAGGAGAGGAGGAUCUUAUCAGUGAAGGAGAGGAGGAGAAAGGAGGAGAUACGAAAUUCUUGGACAUUAGUGAAGGGUUAAUACCUAGUAAAAGCAAAGUUAGAGAGUUAACCAGAAAAGAAAAGGAGAAAUUCUACAGAUUACAGGAGGAAAUAAAACAUAAGAAGAUGGUUAAUGCUGCUAAAGGCCAAACGAAUAAACCGAGACAUGACCGUUUGACUAUGGAGUUGAAUUUAGCUAGUGAUGCCGACAAAUAUCGACAUGCGGUGAACAAAAAAUUACAGGAAACGAUGCGAGAGAAGGAUACUCAAAACGAAAGGGGAGAUUUUGAUGAGAACUUGAUUGAAUUACUUGGAGAUAUGAGAAUCGAGGAGGAUAAGCAGGGAAAGAGUCCGGUAAAAUACCAGAAUAAUGGAAAUUUUGAUCUGGAUCAACUUAUACGGGCUUCUAAGAACGGGCAGAAGAGAGGAGAUGAGAAGAAGAGUGAUAUUAAGCCGAACAGUACUGAAAUAUCUAAGGAAGAAGAGGACUUCCUUGAUUCCGUAUUGGGUUACGAUUAA